AUGCGGAUUGAAUUCCCCGAGGCGAUGCUGGAAAUUAUGAUGGACGCCAUGGUCCAGUUCGCCAGAGCUGGCUACGACGUCAAACCUCGUCGGCAGCAGUGGUUAUCGGCCGAGCCUCUGUUCGACUCCCCGUGCCUGAGUGUGGGAAACGAGCAUGCCUUGGACUUGGAGUUACCUGGUAGCGACCACAGGGACGCUGUCGAAGCUCGAUACCGGUCGGAACACAUGACGAGUCCUGCGGCCCGUACACCACGCGUGGACCGUUUUGAUGACCGUGGAAGGCCCCGGACCAGUGCAACUGCGCGGCGGCUGUUCCGGUCACAACAUGGAAGGCGACAAACAGUGGCGGUUGACGAGGCCUGGAGUUACGGGAGACCGGCGACGUUUGCGGCUCCCGGGUUUGGCAGUACAUCCGGUACGGCUCUGGAUAUGGGACAGAACGACGUGCACCUGCGCAACGCCCCGGCCCUUUCGAAGAGCCCGACGUUCACUAAGGAAGAACGACGCGUUUGUAUGUCCGCGUACAACAUGUAUAUCAGCCAGGCGAAUGCCCUGACUGCCAACGGAGUCCGACCGUUCAUCACGCCGGUGAGGGCGUGUAUCGAACCUGUGACGAAGCAACGUAUUGCUGAAUGGAACAUGUGA